AUGGAAGGUGGGUCAGUUGCUCGCGCGUUCCUGAACGAGCCCGAGUGGAAAGUUCGCGGCAUCACUCGCGACACUUCCAAAGCGUCCGCCACGGAGUUGUCAUCUCAAGGCGUUGAAGUCGUAGCAGGUAACCUCGAUGACCUCGAGUCGCUGAAGAAUGGGUUCAAGGGUGCAAAUGUCAUCUUCGGCAACACUGACUUCUGGGGUCACCUGAAUGAUCCUGCGACACAUAAGCUUGCAGCCGAACAGAAACGUACAGCAAACGAAGUGGCAUAUGACCGAGAAGUUGCUCAAGCCAAGGCUAUCGUCGAUGCAGCAGCGGCUCAUGUCGGUACUCUGGACCGUUUCGUAUUGUCCACGCUUUCUGAAGCUAGGAAAUGGAGCAACGGUACCAUCAAGUGGAACUUGCACUUCGAUGCAAAGGCUGAAACCGAGAACUACCUGAAAGAGACAUACCCGGAGCUUUCCGCCAAGACGAGCUUGCUGCACUUGGGCUCCUAUGCAAACAACUGGAAACCGGAGAAGCAGGAAGACGGCUCCUUUGUUCUUAGUCUACCCAUGAGUGGAGACAGGAAGAUCCCCAUGGUCGAUCCAGUUGCAGACACUGGGCGUUUCACGAAAGCACUCGUUGAGUUGCCACCAGGAACACUUCUGAGCGGCGCUGGAUCGUUCAUAUCGUUUGAUGAGUGGUGCGACAUCUUCGGGAAGGUGAACAAUGUGAAAUGUGUCUUCAAGAAGAUACCCCGAGAAGCCAUGGAAAAAGCGAUGGGACCCGUAUACGGUCCCGAGAUUGCCGACAUGUACGAGUACUUCGACAAGUUUGGCUUCGAAGGGGGCAAUCCCGAUGUCGUGUUUCCGUGGGAUCUGGACAUCGACGUGAAGUACACGUCCAUGGAAGAGUAUUUGAAGGGGGAUGACUACAGCUCCGUUUUGUGA